CGGGCUCCGAUCACGGCCCCUCUACUAACACCAGAGAGUUAGUAGUACUGAAGCCAUAAUCUGCUGGGUAUUUGGGGCCCGGGCUUCCUGAAGAAGACGCCGAGAGUUCUCCGUUUCCUGAUAGUUUGCUCGUGGUAAUUUUCCACAGAUUAAUUUUGCAGAGUGUUUUGUGUUUUUCCUGGCCGCAUCCCGGGCAGCAUGGUAUUCUAGUUGCCAAGGGCAUUGUCCCAAACCCGCAACCAUUAUUAGAAAAUGGCAGUGCAGAAAGAAGCAGGGACGUUCUGCCUGUUGUUUAUCUUAUGGAGUGCCAAUAAAAGGAGCAGUCUGUACCCUUCCAGAAUAUCAAUCUGUCCCCUGACAAAAUAGUGAGGGUUGCCAGAAGGGUGAAUCCCAAAAUACGGAAUCUCUCGGACAUAUUUCGAUGCAAGGGAUAUCUCGUGCGGGCACAAAGGGGGGAAUAUUAGCACGUUGGCCUAUCGGGCGAGUCAAUGGGUAAUAAAUUGGGCAAUCACUGCUCAUGAUAAGCUCUGGGGACACGCCCAACCGGACACCGUUCGAGGCCAAUGCCCAUGCAGAGGAAAUACUGCCAUGAUUGACGUGUGCAAGCUCCUCAGCUCGUGGUGUUCGGGCUUGCAGGAGCAAUAGAUCACUAGAUAAGCGGGUUCACUGUUGUGGCUCAAGGCUAAAAGGUGGUGGUUUGCCGAGCCGCAAGCCCAGGUCGGACCCGGCAACCUCAGCCAACCUCUCACCUCCUCCUCCUCAUUGACGACGCUUUGGUCCACCGCUCACCAUUACCCCGAAUUCGCCAAUCUUCGGAAUCAGUUCUUGAAAUAUUUCCCUGGGACAGUGGCUACCCGCCAUUCUGUUCCCGUCACCAAGGAAACCAACGAUGUGACUUUCCAGCCCAGAGCGAGACCUGCGUGUGUGCUCGGGGUUGUUGAUGACGGUGCUACUCUAAAUUAUGAAAUAAGGCCUCAAAGGGCAUAGGCUUCGCAAGGAACUCUUACAUAUCUGCUACCUUGGCGGCCAAUGUAGCUCCAUCGUGAGGCUUCGCCAACAACUCGUUUCGGGAAGCCCAGGUUCGACAUGGCGAAUCAUGACGUAUUCACCACCUAUUUGACAGUCGGCAAGCUGAUUAUGGCCUCGUGCUCCAAAUACGGCGUACGUACAUAUGAUAUUUAUAGACCACGGCGCUACCUGUCGAGUUUAGAUCCUGCCAUAAGUCCCUACAAAAGAUCCAAUAACAUCUCGACAAGGCCCUUUGGUUUUCGGGACCAAUGCGAUUUAGGCCUUAUGACGAGAUCAUGCUUUCACCGUAUUAUCUUAAUCUUUUCUUUUGUUCUCUCCCUUUCCUAUUCCUCAACUAUGAUUGUGCAACUCGAGAGACCCUCUGGCAUCGAAUUUACGGCUUCGUUGCCAGGGCUCCAGGCUGUAUAUUUCGAUGGCUAAAGCAAGAGCAUUCAUAACAUGUCCUUGAAUCUACAGUUAGUAGGACCGGCUUGGUCCUGAAGUCCAUGCGUUUGCUUUCUAAUUUCGAAACAGCUCCUUGCGGUAUGUUCGAUUGUCCCAACUCGCGCUGCCUACCCGCAGGAAAAUAAAUCUUCCGUGGCAUAUUAUGCUACUAUUUUUGCUUUCAGGUCCGUGUUCUAAGAAACCCGAUCUACUGAUUUAGAUUAUUGUGGGGCCCGAUUCAUUGCGGUCCGAGUCGUGUCUGACUUCCCAUGCGAACGAAACUUGCACAUGUACUACUCUGUCCCUUCCAGCCGGGGUACAUUGAGUCACAUAUAGAGGUGCAAGAGCCACAAAUCUGCAAUAUUUCAUAUUUCUUGUUAAGCGCCUUUUCAUUUUCCUCAGGAUUCAUCCUGAGGACAAUCUGAUUUUAAACCGAGCUUGACCUGGUCUAGAAUCCUGCGAUGGAGCACUCUGAAAUGAUUUCCUUGUUAGGGUCUUCCGAAUUCCGGUUGUUUAUAGCAACCUAUACACGUCGUCAAGGAACACAAGAAUAAUAUCAUCCUUUUUUAGCCAUAUUCGGCUCAUGGUAUUCUUGACAUACGCAUGCCCUUACCUUGGCGGGCGUCCUACAUGGUUCGAUGUCGUUCUCGUAUAGCCAUCUGGAAAGGACCUCAGAUGCCGUGAUAUGGAUUACUGAGGACUGUGGCGGUCUCGAUUACUUCUAUCCCUUUGUAUGAUUCCGACGCUCGUGUGUUUUUCUUCGGCUGGAGUUCCCUCUUUCUGGUAUCCUAUUGGUUCUAAUUCUAACGAGGCUUUUGCUUCUGUGCAAUUUUGGUCAUCGCACUUUUCUGCUGCCGUCGAUCGCGUGCAGUCUGUACCACAUCUUUCAUACGAUGGACACCGGUACUACCCCUUACCUUGUCCUUGCCUCUAUACAUGCGACCUCAAUCUCCAUCAGUUCAAUCCCGUUUGGAAAAUAUAAAACUCCAUUAUCAACGCUCUUAAUUCCUAUGUUAGAAUGUUUAUUUUUCCUUCACAGUCCAUUAUAUUAAUUCUUGUGCCUCUCGUUCAAUAAACCUUACAUAUUUGUCUUAAUAUACCUGAAGAUCCGUUCCCCUGCUUAACGAGCCCUCAUAUUGACUUUUCUUGUUGCGAUUAACAAUCCCCCCCGGGUUGCUGUUAUCAUUAUACCAAGCUAUGACUUCACGAAGGAAUACAAGCUUAGACUUGUCAAUAAUCAUUUACUUCCUUUGGAUACUUUUAGGUUCAUCAAUAUGUGCCGCCCAGUCGAAUACAUAUCAUCCAAUUUCCGCGAAAGGUCCGCCCGGGUUUGUAUCAGAUAAACAUUGCAAGAAUAGCCCCAAGAACCGCGCUUGCUGGGGUGGAGGCUUUGAUAUCACUACAAACUUUGGCACGAAGUGGCCGGAAACUGGAAAAGUGGUCGAGUAUCUUCUUGAAGUAAGCAAUAUAACUUUAGCCCCUGACGGGGUUGAAAGGCUGGUCUUGGCGAUAAAUGGUCAAUUUCCAGGUCCAACCAUUCGAGCGAACUGGGGUGACACUCUUCGAAUCCAUGUGAAAAACAAUCUACAGAAUAAUGGAACAAGCAUACAUUGGCACGGAAUUCGUCAGCAGCAUACUGGCCAUCAAGAUGGGACAAACGGAGUCACAGAAUGCCCCAUUGCUCCCGGAGCAUCAAAAACGUACGAAUUUAAAUGUACUCAAUAUGGGACAUCAUGGUAUCAUAGCCACCAUACUGUACAGUACGGCGAUGGUGUUUUAGGGGCCAUUGAGAUCUCAGGGCCAGCUUCAGCCAACUAUGAUAUUGACCUCGGAACGAUGCCUAUCCAAGACUGGUAUUACCGCACAGCAUGGGAAAAUGCACUGCUUGGCAUCCCUCCUGUUGCUGAGAAUGGCUUGAUUAAUGGGACAAUGGUGAACGCAAAUGGCGGAGGGAAAUAUCACGAAAAUACAAUUCAAAAGGGGAAGUCAUACCGCUUACGAUUGAUAAAUACAUCAGUAGACAAUUAUUUCAAAGUCCAUUUGGAUAAUCACCUUUUCACGGUAAUUUCAAGCGACUUCGUUGCCAUCCUUCCAUACCAGACUGACUGGCUGUUUCUUGGGAUCGGCCAACGUUAUGAUGUAAUCAUUCACGCCGACCAGGAGAUAGACAACUACUGGUUUCGAGCUGAAGUUCAAAGAGGGUGUGGUGAGAACGCGAUGAACGGGAGGAUAAAAAGUAUCUUCAGAUAUAAAGGCGCAGACCCGAAUGCGGAGCCCACAUCAGUAGCAAGCAACUACACGCAAAGUUGUGACGAUGAACAAGGUCUCGUUCCAUUUGUUCCAAUUGAUGUGCCAUCGGAGCAUUUCAUCCGAGAAGUGAAAGAUCUUAACGUCACCUUCGAGCCUGAAGUUACUUCACCAGGCCAAAACAUAGUUCACUGGAAAAUAAACGGGAUCCCUAUUGAAACAGACUGGGAAUAUCCUACUCUUCAAUAUGUCCUUGAUCGAAAUACAAGCUUUGCCCCGAAGUUGAACGUAAUCGAGUUACCAGAAGCAAAUGUGUGGACAUAUUGGAUUAUCCAGGCUAUCCCUGGCAGCAUCGUUAACGUUCCACACCCAAUCCACCUGCACGGCCAUGACUUCUCCGUUCUCGGUACAGGGAGAGGCGACUUCCCCGGGCCCGAACGACUCAACUUCACGAACCCACCUCGUCGAGACACUGUUAUGUUGCCUGAUCGUGGGUGGGUGGCCAUUGCAUUUCCGACAGAUAACCCCGGUGCGUGGCUAGCACAUUGUCACAUCGCAUGGCAUGCGCACGAAGGGCUUGCAGUACAAUUUGUCGAACGUUACUCGGAUAUUGCAAAGGCACUUGACAUCCCUCACACAUGGCACAAGACCUGCGAGCAAUGGACAGAUUAUAUCGUGAAUGACGCUAUAUACCAGCAGGAGCGUUCCGGGAUUUAGCACAGGGAAAAACAGGGUGAGGUACCUCGCCAUGAAGAUAUAUUUGCGAAAUUGCCCUAUUUCAAGGUGAUAUUUAUUUUCAUUUUUAGUGUUUUAUUGGCUAUGUAUAGUACCUGCUCAAAGAGAACCUGCUAAUGUGAGAGGAACGAAAUUUAUCGGGAAGCGGGGCUAAAAUAGGCAACGAGGGACUCUUCUCCAUUAUUGACAGUUUGUUUGUUGUUCUAUUGUGAAUUUACAGUUGAUAUUACUUUCCUAGGAUUUAUUCAUCCACAUAUCUCGUAUGCUUACAAAUCAAACAACGUUACAUAUGCUUCCCUUGUGACAUAAAUAUAUCCAGUCUCCAUUGAAGACCACAUAACUUAUUUUAUUUAUUUAUUUAUUUUGCAUAGGUCUCCCAUUUACGACCCACGGACGAACACUCACAACCGCCCCUGCAUCACUACAAGACCAGCACCAUUCUAGUAACUGCCCAGAUCGGGUCUCGUUUAAGACCCGGGGAGAGCAAUAAUAAUGCAGGGGUUCGAUGUUUUCAUCCUGUCGAUCUAGUUGAUCAUUUUAGCGGUUUCCAACUAGCUACCUCAUCUCAAGACUCUACUGCGUAGCAGAGAUAAGUGUGUUUGGGCUAGGGCCAGAUAGCGUACUUUUAGAAUAGAAUCCGUGCAACCGGGUUAUGAGGUAUAACCUCUAGUUAUAUAUUGUUCCCGCAACCUCUCAACUGCAACAGGCCAAGCCGGAU